AUGCGCGGCAGCUUUGUCCACCAGCGGCGUGCACAUCGAGCCUCGAAUUUGGGAACUGAUUGGCGAUGGAACGGCUCAACAAUUGGCGGGCUUUAUCCGAGGGAGGAGGUUGAGAGGUGGUGGCUUUCGAGAGGUCUGCGUCGGGAGGUGACGGAUAAAGGUGACCAAAGGCGUCCUCAAGGCCACGCCAAGCGUGGCUUCAGUAAUUUAUUCUUAGGCAAGACAUUCAUGAUGUUUGAAGAAGAACAAGAAGACACGGAAGAAGAAGAUAAGAGAAGAAGAGAGAAAAAAUCAAUUUAUAGAAUUUGGAAUUCUGAUUUGCUUGGGAAAAUACUACAAUCUCGUUACGGAACUAUUCCGUUAGGAUUUGUAACCAUAUUCGCAGCAAUUCCAAUCGUAUCAGCCAUGGAGAAUUCAAAAGUUCAAGAGGUAAUAGAGCAGCAAGUGCUGACGGUGGCGAAGGCCGUGGAGGACAAGAUCGACGACGAGAUCGCGGCGCUGGAGCGGUUGGAUUUGGACGAUAUUGAAGUGCUGAGAGAGCGAAGGCUGCAGCAGAUGAAGAAAAUGGCGGAGAAGAGGAGACAUUGGGUCGGCCUCGGCCACGGCGAGUACUCGGAGAUCCCCAACGAGAAGGAAUUUUUCUCCGUCGUCAAGGCCAGCGAGCGCGUCGUCUGCCAUUUUUACCGCGAGAAUUGGCCUUGCAAGGUUGUAGACAAGCAUUUGUCUAUUCUGGCAAAGCAACAUAUCGAAACGCGUUUUGUGAAAAUUAAUGCCGAGAAAAGUCCAUACUUGAGUGAGAAGCUACGGAUUGUUGUUCUCCCGACCCUUGCUCUUGUGAAGAAUGCCAAAGUGGAGGAUUAUGUGGUGGGUUUUGACGAGCUUGGGGGAACUGAUGACUUCAGUACAGAGGAAUUAGAAGAGAGGUUGGCUAAAGCAAAGGUCAUCUUUUAUGAGGGUGAAUCCUCAUUCAGCACAUCCAAAUCCAAAGCCCCAACUAAGAGCGUUCGGCAAGGCUCGACUUCUUAUUCAUCUGACUCUGAAUAGACUUCUUAUUCAUCUGACUCUGAAUAGUUUUGUAUCUGUCAAUAUUUGUUGGCAAUAUUAGCUCCGCGGCUGUUGUAGUAUUACACCUCAUCACUUGGAUGGUUUAUUUCGGCAACUUCUGUCCUGAGGUGUCUAUAAUAUUUAAUACUAUGUUCACAUUGAAUGUUCAAUAUCCGCUGUAAAUCUGGGUUGUCUCGACCAUCAAUAGCUCAUGUUGAUGGUUUAUCAACCUCUGCGAAAGAGUUUUUUUUUUUUU